UAAUGGUUCCGUUAAUGCGAAUUCGAAACCGUUUUUCAAAACCGUUAGUGGUUUUCCAAUUCUAAGAAAUGGGGAAAACAGGUAGGUGGUUGAAGGGGUUCUUGAGCGGGAAGAAGGAAGCAUCACCAUCGCCAUCACCAUCACCAUCGACAGAUGCGAAGCCUGUGAAGGAGAAGAAGAAGAAGAAGAAGUGGAGCUUCGUCAGAUCUUUCAAGGACAGGACUACGACGACUCCGUUUUCUCAUGCGCAGGUGAAUGGGGAUGAUAUUGAUAGGAGGGGUUCGUACAGAGAUGAAUCGUCGUCGUAUCCAUGUUCCUACAACGCAGGAUCAGUUGAGGAGCAGAACAAGCAUGCGAUUGCUGUUGCUGCGGCCACCGCUGCUGUGGCGGAGGCUGCGGUUGCGGCGGCUCAAGCGGCUGCCGCGGUGGUCAGGUUGACCAGCAAUAGUGGCCGCUGCGCCUCAACGAACGGGAAUAUCGGGAAACGUGAAGAAUGGGCCGCUGUUAAGAUACAAUCUGCGUUCCGAGGCUAUUUGGCAAGGAGAGCUUUGAGGGCACUGAAGGGUUUGGUUAGACUUCAAGCAUUGGUGAGGGGCCACAUUGUGAGAAAAGGGUUGGUGGAGAAUCUGCGGUGUUUACAGGCAUUGGUGAGAGCUCAGGCGAGAGCUCGGGUAGGUCGCAUCCAUAUUUCAGAAUCCCAGUAUCCUUACAGCAAGCUUCUGUCAUCACAUAAUCAUGGCCCGGCAACCCCUGAGAAACAUGAACACUCAAUUCGUGCUAGCAGUGCCAGAAAUGAUCGGUCCUCAUCCCUUAAGAGAAACAGUUCAAGGUCAAAUAUCAGGGAUGGCACUAAUGUGGACAGGAUGCAGUGUGCUAAGAAUCGUUUUGACCAUUGGAUGGAUGAAUGCUUAAGGGACCGUUUUCGGGAAACUUCAGUCAAAACCAUGCCUACCGAUGAUGAGAAAAGUGACAAAAUCCUGGAAAUUGAUACUGGGAAGCCCUACUUGAACUCAAAACGAAAGAACAAUGUAUGUCAUUCUUCCAAGUAUGCUACUACUUCAGAUCAGAACAGUAAUGGCUUUUCUACAUUGGCCUCCCCUUCAAGGGACUCAACAACUGCUCAAUUGUCUGCUCGAAGCUCAUCUUCUGGUGAAGUCCAGUCAUUGAGCCCUCUUAAAUUCAAUCAUGAGGUAGAUGAUGCAGCAUUUUGCACAGCCAAUAACAGCCCACAGUAUUUCUCUGCAGCAUUGAGGCCUGGUAGUGCCAAGGGAGGGACCUUCACCCCAACAAAGAGUGAAUGCUCACGAAGCUACUUGAGUGGGUACUCGGACUCCCGAAGCUUCUUCAGUGGGUACUCUGACUACCCAAAUUACAUGGCCAACACGGAAUCAUCAAGGGCCAAGGUUAGGUCUCAGAGUGCUCCAAAACAGAGACCUGAGUUUGACAAAUCUGUUAAUGGGUUCGGGGAUACAAGAUCAAGUGCUCAAAAGGCAUCACCACUCCAUGCAAACUUCAAGAGCAAAGCGUACCCAGGUUCAGGCCGGUUGGAUAGACUAGGAAUGCCAAUUUAUAGUGAUUCAGUCUCAGUCAGCUUCGGUGGGUUGUACACCCGCAACAGAUAUUAGAACUGUAUUAUUUAUGUGUGCAUGAAUAUUUUGUGCUUGAUGUCUAGUUUCAUCCUCUUGUAGCCUUUUCUUCUUCUUCUU